AUGGCUGGAGAGUCCACGAGGCGCAAUCAGAACUUUUAUUGCCAAUACCACCAGGACCACGGACAUACCACGGAGAACUGCAGGAACCUCUGGAACUAUCUGGACCAGCUAGUCCGAGAAGGAAAGCUGAGGCACCUUCUGCAUCAUCCCAGUGGUCAUCAAGGCCAGGCCCAUCAAGAACCCCCGAGAGAUAUUGCCUUAAGGCCACCCGUAGGGAUGAUCAAUGUAAUCUUGGCCGCACUAGGAAGAACAGGCAUAUGCCCUUCACGAGUGUUAUCUGUGGCUCAGUGGCCUGCCAAGGAGUCCCAGCCAAAGUCGAAGAGGGCCAAAAUGAAUUUUCACCCAAUCUUGAGUUUUUCAGAAGAAGACAAGAUCGGAACCAUCCAGCCCCAUGACGAUGUGCUGUUGAUCACUCUCAGAAUCGGGGACUACGAUGUGAAAAAAGUGAUGGUGGAUGGUGGCAGUGGGGCCGAGGUUAUGUACCCCAACCUCUACAAGGGGCUAAGGUUGAAACCAGAAGAUUUGAUGCCCUAUAACUCUCCUUUGAUGAGCUUCGGCGGGAAGCUUGUCAUUCCAAAGGGCAUGAUUAGGCUACCUAUUCAGACCGGCCCAGAGAUAAUGGAGGUGAACUUUAUCGUGGCGGACACCUACUCUCCCUAUACAGCCAUCAUCGGUAGGCCUUGGCUUCAUACCUUAGGGGCUGUUGCCUCCUCAUUGCAUCAGAAGGUGAAAUUGCCAUCAGGGGACCAAGUUCUCGAAAUCCGUGGUUGCCAAUCCACGGCAAGGCAGUCUGCCGAGGAGGCGAAAUGCGAAGAUCUAGAGGAGGUGGUCAUUGGUGGUGACCCAGAGAAGUUCUUUCGGGUAGGGGCUCAGCUGCCUCUUCAAGAGAAGGAGGAGUUGAUUGAGUUUCUCAAAAGAAAUAUUGACGUGUUUGCAAGGGAUGCCUACGAUGCCCCCGGGAUUGAUCUAGCCUUCAUCUGUCACCAUCUCAAUGUCAACCCGUCCAUCACUCCCAAGAAGUAG